AUGGUGUUCUUUCUGCGCAGAGCGGCUGUAAAAAAAUGCACAGGAAAAGUAGUUGUGUUUGGGGCAACUUCAGUAGUAGGUCAACCACUUUCGCUCUUAUUAACACUUUGUCCACAUGUAAGUGAAGUGUUCUGCUGUGGGACUCUAAACAAAGCCAAAGAUGAGACAGUGAGAACACCCGCUCACGGAGUUGCUGUUGAUCUAUCUCAUAUUGACGUUAACGCUGUUGUGAAUGGUAUUGACGACCCUUCCCAUUGGGAGAUGGCACUACGCGGGGCACAAUUGGUUUUGGUCUGUUCUGGAAAUGAGUUUGACCCAUCACGGGCUCGCCGUGACAUUGCGUUGUCGGAAUCUGCCCCAGAAGUGAUAGUUGCCAUGGAAGCGGUGGCACGAGCUGCACCAAAGGCUGUUAUUGGUGUUGUAUCGAGUCCUGUUAACGCUCUUGUGCCUCUCGCGAAGGAAGUGCUUGUGCGACACGGUGUUUUUGACCCACGUAAACUAUUCGGUAUUACAACUUUGGAUGUUGUGCGUGCGAGGACCCUUGUGGCACAAGAGUUGCAAAUGAAUCCUUAUGACGUAAAUAUACCAGUCGUAGGAGGUAGAGGUGGUCUAACGGCGUGUGCGCUGGUAGCACAAACUGGGUUGCGAAUCCCUCAUGAACGACUUAUGCAUUUAUCUGAAAAAUUACAGUCGUAUGGAAGUUCUGUACCCGAUAAGAAUAGCAAUGACACUAUUUUAGAAGAAAGAGAAAAAAUGGAAGACACUGAUAAUAAUAGUUUUGACUUAGAUGUAGCCCCACCUGUAGGUCUAUCAUUGGCGUAUGCUGCGAUGGAAUGGUCUGUGUCUGUAUUGAAGGCAAUGAGAGGCGAUCGUGGUAUCAUUGAGUGUUCUUAUUUAGAGUCUACAAUGAGAAAAGAGACACCUUUUUUUAGUUCACGCGUUGAACUUGGUGAAGAGGGUGUGUCACAGUUACUACCGCUAGAACCGUUGACUUCUUAUGAAACAGCACUAGUGGAGGCAGCUGUUCCGCUGAUUGUUGAAGACGUUGAAGCUGGAGUGCGUUUUGCUUCUAUGAAAGGAAAAGAAGAGUGA